AUGGAAUCUGCUGGCGGUGUAAGCAAAGGAUCAAUUGCAGGAUGGAGAGAAGAUGCUGACAUAUGUAUUGUUCACUUCGAUUUUUUCCAAGAACGAAUAGGCCAAGGACUGCACAGAGUAGAUAUUCGCUUUUCUGUUAAUGCAAGAUGUUACGAAAACAUAAAUGUAGGAGAGCGCGACUUCUGCUUCUGCCGAAGCCGUUGUAGAAACCCUGAGAACAAGAGGCUGGUGUUUCGGCGAUUCCAACCCAGUCAAAGCUCUCAUAGUAAUACACAUCGCUUUAUCAAACGAUGUCGAUACGUGUUCGAUCGCCGAUCGGAGCUCGUUAACAUGGACCUUAGAGCCAUUGGAGGCAAAUCCUUACCCGAACCAACCGUCAAAAAAUCUUCUCAUAUUCGUGGUCCCAAAAUCCUUCAGAUUUCGUCGGUUAGGGAUACAUCUAGAAGCAGCAUAGAGGAAUUUUCGCGGAAUUCGAGUAGCUUAAGUUUGCUGAGAUUGGGUCUGACUGAUGGACAUAGUGAGAUAACUUCCAUAGAGUACUCUCAUGUUCCAGCAAUUCCAGACAAUGUGUUUCCUGGUUCUAAGAUUCUUUUGGAAAAUAAAGCCAUCAUACAUGAUGGUAUAUUAUGUUUGAACCCUAAAGUAGUAACUUUGUUAGGAGGUGUUGUUCAAUCACUUUAUGAAGAAUGGGAGAUGAACCAAAAAUAUUCAGGUUUCUCCCGUUCAUCGUUAAGGUCAUCCCAGGAAAGUGGUACUGGUGGUCCUCCCCCAUUUGAGUUGUUGCAACUUGAGGCACCUUCAAGCAGUAGGUUUUUUCAACCAGGCAGAUCAUCUCAUUACUCUGACUCAACAUUGAGAAGUGCUGGACCUACUGCUUCAAAUUCCACUGGGAAUAUUGAAAGUAGGUGGAGCAGAAGGAACCAGAAUGUUGAAGCGAAACCAGAUAAUGCGGAUAAUGGUCUGAAGACAGCUUUCAUAUCAGAAAAAACUGAAGAAAAUCCAAGUAGCUCCGAAACAAGACCAAAAGAAGCUGAGUCCGUACCCCUUCAAAAUCAAGCAGCUUCUCAGAAGCUCUUAAAGAAAAUGAGCCAUUCCAAUCUGGAUGGCUGACAUUCUAAAGGUCGAAAAUAUAUGGGAAAGGAAAAACAAGAAGAGCCUGUGGUUUUCACUUUGGAUGAGUGGGAAAAGAGGAAAGCUGGCCCAAAACCUUGGAUGAGAAAUGAGCUUCCUGAAACUAGUUGUGAUGAAGACCUUGCUUGGCAGCUUCAGGCUCAACUGGACUUGGAAGAUUAUCAUGUACAGAGAAUGCAUGGCACAGAGGCAGAGAACCUUAAAAGAAGUAUGUUCAAAUAUGAAAUAGUCGAUGCUAGAAAUCGACAAGAGGAAUGUGGAGGGAGAGGAAGGGGGAGGGGGAGAGGGAGGUUUGGCUAACCUUUUGUCAACCUGUAUAUUAUAUAUGCACUUGUCUUGUACAAGGUAACCUUUUUCCUUCUUUUUAACUUUUUGCUUCUAUUUUUCUCAUAUGCAUGUUUGCUGUCUCAUUUUCUUCCAAAAAGGACAAAAAAGAGACAUAGGUUGAUUCAAGCUUGGAACUUAGAAAAGAAAAUUUUGGAAUUUAUUUUCUUAUUUGCUGAAAUAGGAUAUUUCUUUUGUGGUUAGAUGAUCUUUUUAAAGUCCGUAUGAUUUGUAUAAAAGAGAAAGAAUUGCUGAAGCUGCUUCCUUUUAUCGGUGCAAUACAUCCACAGACAGGGUGUUGUUAACCAUCUUUUUGGUAUGAUUGAGGCUUUUCCCCUUUUUUACAGAUUUACAUAUUUACAUAUUUGCUUAUAAGUUAUAAGCAAGUAACUCCAAAAUUCAAGCAGUU